AUGGUAGAUUCUCAGAAGAUUCUUGAGGAAACUCUUAACUCUUCUGUGGCAAGGCAAAAAUAUUUAGAAGACUUAAAUUCUUUAAGAGGUGCAAGAAAUUUAAUGGUGGACUCCGAUGUACACUCCAUAUGGGCAAGGUAGGACCUGUCCCCAUGAAGCUGAAAAUAGUUUCUCUGUCACUUUUUGAAGUAGGCCUUUGGGAUACCGAAUAGAGAAACUUUUCCUCUCCCUGAAGUUUUCUACCCUGCCAGAUGGGCUAGACAGGUUUUACCUCACACUUAGUUUUUUCAUGUCGAGAUUUAGUGGGAAUCCGCAAGAUUAGCCCUAUGCUAAUUUUUAGGUUAUGUGGGCCUACACCAGAUAGGGGGCUAGUGAUCUAUAGUAAUUGCCCGAGGAUGGCGCUAUCUUGCGCCAUCCUCGGGCAAUUCCUAUAUCCGAUUAUGGCCUUAUAGCACUUAACUUAAGAGGUACAAGUCCAGAGAUAUUUUAUAAAAUUUUAAGAAACCUUUGUGUUGAAGGAAGCAGAGCUCAAGCAAAAAUAAAAGAUUUUCUUGAACCUAUAGUUGUGCCUGAGACUGGUCUAAGAGAAUUCACUCAAUUUUUAGUAAAUUUCAGUAUUGGUAAUACUGAGCAUCUUGAAAUUUGUUUUAACUUGCUAGGCUCUAUCCCAUAUGAGAAUACAAAUUUAAAAUUCUUGCUUAUGCUCUGCCACAACAUCAUAGGAGAAUCAGAAGAUUUCAAAGCAAAAUUCAUCAGAGAAAAACGAGAUUUGAUAACUCCCUUCAUGAGCAAGCAAAAGAUUUCCCUUGCUCAUGAAGGAGGGUUAAAAAAAACUUAUAAACUUUAUAGUAAAAUUUGUUUUCCUGUUCUAAUUCGCAUGAAAAUGAAAAGUAAAAAUUAAUUUAAGAUGCAAGUUUUAUGUUUUAGAAUAUAAGCUAUUUAAAAAUUCAAUAGAAUUAGAGACAUUUUCAUUAUGCAAUUAUCAAAAAUUUUUUUCUUGCUAAAAAAUAGGGUUUUUCCAUUUGUUUGCUCACUCAUGAGGGGUAGUAAGAUUUUUCAUAGAAAAAAUAGAAUGUAAAGAGGAUGAAUUUGAGUGGGUCUAUUAUUUAUUUUCAAAAUUGCUACCAAAUAAUUUAGGAAUAAUUGCUGAAUUUUUAGAUGGGAGACACAAAAUCUAUCUAUUCGAAUUCAUAAAAUCCAGCUUAGAAGAGGCUUGGGAGCAAAAGCAUUCGCUUAUAUCUGAAGCCCAAACCCAAUGAUUUUCACUAAGGCUAGAUGACUAUUCUGUCAUAAUAAAUGAAUUUCUGAAUUCACCUGAUGAAAAUUUUCAAUUAAGCUUAGACUUAUUAAACUUAUUAACAAGAGAAGCUCCAAAAUAUCCUUUAAUCAAAAGUAUUGCAUUAAACUCUAGGGCAAUUUUAAAGUGCUAUGACAUUCUUGCAGCUGGUUGCCAUGCUGCAGGUCAAAGAGCUUUAAUUUUACAGAUAAUCGCCAAUACGCUUGAAAAUUGCCAAGAAGCAGCAGAUAUAGCUGAUUCACAUCUCUAUGAUUUGCUUAAAAGUUCUGAAUUCGAUAUGGAAAAUCCUAUGUGUCGAGAAUGAGUUGUUGUAAUAGUCAAACUUUUGGUUCCUCAUAAGCCUGGUAUUGAAGUCAAAAUAGAAGCAUUAAAGCGCAAUGAAAGAGCUAUAAAUCCCAAUACAAAACUAAUUUAA